GAUUACCAAAAAACUUUAAUUGACUUUCCCGGGUUUAAUCAUCAAUCUGGUCCUGUCUUGUCUUCUCGUCGUUUUCGGUUGCUCCAAGCUUGCUUCUUCUGUUCUAUUUCCUUACCACCCGAAUCUACUUAAUAAUUCCUUAUCCUCUUCCUCGCCCUUGCCAUCUUACAUACAAUAUCAGGACUGAUAUUCUCACCUGCUGGCGCCCACACCAGAUAUCAUAAUUGAUACCGGCCAGCUCUCGAGGAGUAAAGAAAAUCUUAUUUGAUUGGUCUUUCUCGUCGUCAUCAUCAUCAUCAUCAUCUUUCUCCGUUAACAAAAUGUCUCGUGGUGGUACAACCCUCUAUGUCACCGGCUUCGGAGCUGGAAUCCGCGCUCGCGAUCUUGCCUACGAAUUCGAACGGUAUGUCAGCUAAAAAUCGAUCUCUCGAUGAUUGUCCUUGAUCGCGAUAAUCCAUUUCCCCAUCAUCGUCCAUCCUCGUCCCUUACUCCGUCGAGACUUCGCUGUCACUUUGUCGCAUACAUUAUCCCCUCUUCCCAAAUCCUCCACGUUCGAUCGAGCGGUCGCACAACGAUACGAACAGUUACAUGCCCACAUUUGUCUCGCGAGAAAAGUUCGAAUUGCGGCGGAUCGGUUACUAUUUAUUAUACAUAUCUUAUACAUCUCUUACUUUCUUCCAUAUAUCUAUCCAAUAUACUCCCCAUUCGAUGGUACAUUGAGUCUAACGAUGUCUUCAUAGCUAUGGCCGUUUGGUCCGCUGUGAUAUCCCAGCUCCUCGGACUGCAGCAUCUCGUCUGUUUGCCUUCGUUGAGUAUGAGUCCCGUCGUGAUGCCGAUGAUGCCUACCAUGAAAUGCACAACAAGCGUAUUGGCCGCGAUGACUUGUUGAAGAUUGAAUGGGCCCGCACACCUCCUUCGGCUUCUUGGCGAUUCGAUACUGGUGAAGAACGUGCAGCCCGUCGUGACGGAGGUAGAGAUAGCGGCAGAGAGCGUGGUGGAGGUAGCCGCCGUUCUCCUCGCCGUCGUUCAACCUCUCCACGUCGUGGCCGUGGCGACUAUUCUCCCCGUAAGGAUGACCGAGACCGCCGGGACCGGGACUACGACAGAAGAGAUCGCGACCGAGCCGAUCGCUCACGUAGCCCAGACGAUAGGGAUCGCGAAGUUAAGGAAGAACGUGAUGAUGCCCGUGAACCCGGAGCCAAUGGAGAUGACAGGAAAGUUACCAUGGAUUCUCCUCCACCAGCGCAUGAUGAACUGGACACCGCCGAGUAAACAGGUCCUUCCUUGGUUGAGGCUUCUACACGGCAGGAAAAAGUUUAUUGUGUCUUUUGGCUGCUGAUAUUUCCUUCUUUGCCUGAAUUUACCAUUGUGUUUCUAGAUUCGAUUCCCCGAGACCUUUUCCGACUCGAGCCAGGAUUUGGACUGGCAACAUAACCUCAACUUCCUUUUAGGUCAGCAGCAGCAUACAAAUGUGGUUAUAAGUUUUCAUGGGUAGUUACUAGUAUUAAAAAUUCCAAAUUGAGCAUAUAAUUAACACUAGAAUUUAUGUCAUUUCUGA